GGCGGUGGGUUGCUGCGGCAACGGCGAGCGCCAGCCGGGCGCCUACGCGCAGAGCGCAGACCGUUGCGGAUUUGCGCCGCGGAGAGCCGGUGUUUACAGUGGAAUGAAAAGAGUGGGCUAUGAUGUGGCAAGAUUUACUAUACUUAAGCAGCAACUUUGCCCGACUCGGCAUGUUAAAAAAUAAGGGUCACUCAUCUAAAAACGGUACCUUAGCUGUUACAGCCGCUGCUUUCCAGGAUCACAUCUUACACGAUCUCCAGCUUCAAAAUCUUUCAGUAGCAGGUCAUUGUAAGGCACAAGUACAAAAGAAAGAGAGCAAGCCCAGAUCCCUAAAAGGAGAGAGCCAAGCAGUGGUAGAUACUGGACGGAAAAAGGCUCCACAGGGCCCCAGGGUGGGCGACCCCGAGAGAGAAUACGUUCUCGAUCCAGAACCACAGCCGCUGACUUUAGCACAGAGGCUGGGCCUCUUCGAGCCUCCACCUGCGCCCCUGUCAUCAGACGAGUGGGAGAAAGUGAAGCAGAGGUCCGUCCUGCAGGGGGACUCCACGCAGCCGUGCCCGAUAUGCAGAGAAGACUUCGCACUUCACCCGCAGGUGCUGCUGUCUUGUUCCCACGUGUUCCACAGAGUAUGCCUUCAGGCUUUUGAAAAGUUCACAAAUAAAAAGACCUGCCCUCUCUGUAGAAGGAGCCAGUACCAAACCAGAGUGAUCCACGAUGGGGCCCGGCUAUUCAAGACAAAGUGCGCAGAGAGAAUCCAAGCCUGCUGGAGAGGACACGUCGUCAGAAGGUGGUAUAGACGCCUCAGGAGAGCAGUGCCGCCCGCAGAUGCCACACUGAGGAGGAGGUUCUUUGAGGAAAAGUUCGCAGAGAUCAGCCAUCGCAUUCUGCACUCGUUCCACACCGACACGGAGGCCCUCCUUUUGGAAAUCGACCAGUGCUUGGCUGUAAACAGGAGCCUUCUUCAGCAGCUGGAUGAGAGGUGUGGCCGUGGGAUCUCAGAGGAGGAGUGGGGCAGGAUCCAGAUCCAGGACUCCGCAAAGAUUUCUUGGAAGGCCAGUCUAGCGAGGCGGACUUCCUCAAGUCCUCCUUGUCUAAGAAAGCCUGGAUUUCUCUUUCUAGGGUGAGUGACAGUUACGGGGUAUAGUAGUCUUAGUUGGUAGUUUUUUUCUUUUAGUAUUUUGAAUAGGUCAUCCCAUUUUCUCUGGGCCUGCAUAGUUUCAAAAUUCUCUCUUUAUCUUUGACUUUCCAUAUUCCCAAUUUAAAAAGUAAUCAAAUGACCUGAAUAACCAGUUCACCAAAGAAGACAAUACAACAGGCAGACAAACAAACAAACAAAAAUGAUUAACAUCACUUAUCAUAGGGGCAAUGCAGAUCAAAACAAGGACAUAUCUCACUCUGCUUAGACUGGCUAUUAUUCAAAAGACAAAAAAAAAGCUGGCAAGGAUACAGAAAAAGGGGCACUCUGUUACAUCGUUGGUGGGAAUGGCACGGGAAACAGCAUGGAGACUUUCUCCAAAAAUGAAGCAAAACUUGUGUGGCUGGGGGCCAGAGGGGCGUUGUGGUUAGGGCACUGGGCUCCAGCAAGGCUGACUGUGGCUCAAGUUCCCGAAGUGGCAGCUCGGGAAUCAUGCCGGGCAUGUGUACGUGCGUGCCCAAGAUCCUGAGAGGAGAAUGGAGACGGGAAAAGAGCUUCAUGUGGUCUAGAAACAUGUCCACUAGGUACAGCUCCAAAGGAAAGAAAGCCAGUAUGCUGGGGAGAGAGCCGCACCCCAGUGUUCACUGAGACGUCACAGCAGCCAGGACACGUGAGGAACCUUCAUGUCCAUCAGCUGGCAGACAGAGACAAGGUGGGGCGGAGACAGUGGAAUACGACCCAGCCACUAAAAGGAACGAAAGCCUGUCACUUGACAUUCCCCGGGCGAGCCUGGAGGGCGUGUGAAGUGAGCCAGGCACAGAGCCAAAUACCUCGUUCGCCCGCAUAUGUGGAAACGGAUGAAACGGGCUCGGAGAGGUGGAGGGAGGAAGAAUGUCUGCUAGAGGCGGGAAGGACGCGGGGACGUGGGGGUGCGGUUUGCAGAAGCAGAGUGACAGGUCAGGGUGUUACAAGUACAGUGGGGACAGCACAGGCGGCAGACUUGCCCCGGUGUAUCUCGAAGUAAGUAAUGGAGGACUUUCGAUGUCCCCAACACAAGCAGUGACAAAUGGUUGAGGGGGGCCAGCUAAUUACCAGAAAGACUCGUUACACUGCAUCUUCCUAGACCCGUAGCUAGGUAGCGAUGCACAUGAAUGUUUUGUUCAAAACUAAGUACCUU